AUGAGCAGCCCAGCUCAAGAGAGUUGGCGCGCCGCACUCGAGCACAAUAGAGACGUCAUCAUGAAGGUGUCUGGACUGGAUGUCUUGCCGUCUGAGCUAGAAAAGGAGCUUAUCGGCGCCCAUCACUGGAUUUGCGAGGCAGGAAAAAACAUUGCGAGAGCUCCGAGGGACACAGCGAAGCAAGACAAGGCGAAGGAGCAAGACGAGGUGGUGCGAACGCAAGCGACAGAGAUCAAGCGCUUGAAUGUGAGUCUCCAUUCGUUUGUAUCAAGUUGAUCCACUUCUCUGACCGCUGUCAUGUGUUGCAGGCCAUCAUCGACGCCCUGCUCGCGGGCCGAGCCGCAGAGAGCGCAGACAAGCAAGCUGAUCGUUAAUGUCAGAUCGCUUUGAGUAGAUAAAGCCGGAAAGACCGAGGGUCAUUAUCUGCAGGUAAGUAGGCGCAAGGGCUGAUGUGGUCUGCGGUGGAGGGUCCAGCUGAAUGCGAGAAGACUGAGGUCCAGCCUACCUUUCCUGUCUGUCGAAGCCUCACCACAAUUCAUCGCACUCGACUGCUCCUCUAUGUCGCGCACUCUCAAAGCCCCUCUCGGCACGACAUCACCUACAUUCAUCAUCAUCAAGGUGUAGAAUCAAGGCGGAUCUGCCUGUCGUGAGUAGCGUCGAGCUCGUCAACUCAGGGCGGGACCCCAUGCUACGCCGCACAGCUCUCGUCUCAAACGCUACUCUUCGUCUGGGUACAGUGUCUCCCAAUCGUUCCAUCCUCAGCGAUAUGCUGCUCUUGAGCAAGAAGAAGGUCGCAACUUGACCCUUGUCCUCAUCGAAGUCUCUCUCGCCAGGACACUAUCCAAUCACCCUCGUCCGUACAAGCUCCGUCCCAUCAAGCGACCGUAA